UGACAGUUACCGGUUCUGUGGACAACGAAUUCACAAAUCAGCUGUUUUGGUAAAAUAUGUAUUGCUUUUCAAUUUUCUGACGUGGUUUAAAACGUUUUAAUUCUCCAUUUAUCAAAGAAAGCUGAAUUAAAAUUGAGACAUCAAGUACCAACAACUAACCGAUUUGAAUAUUCACCCGUAUUAAAUACAUAUAUUUAACGGUACAUUGAGGUUUUUAAGUUAACCUCCAAAAUCGUUUCCAUACUUUAGAUAUAGUCAAACGCAAUGCGAAUAUCAAUACUUUUAUUUAGCUUAUUAUUAUGCUACAUUGGAGUAACAAAUGUAGUUUCUAUAGCUGUUAUGUCUGUUGAUUUGGGUUCAGAAUGGAUGAAAGUCGGAAUAGUAUCACCAGGAGUGCCUAUGGAAAUUGCUUUAAAUAAGGAAUCAAAAAGAAAAACACCGGCCAUCAUCAGUUUUCGAGAUAAUGUAAGACUGUUUGGUGAAGAUGCCCAAACAUUAGGUCUGCGUUUUCCAAAGCAAGCAUAUGGUUAUUUGCUGGAUUUACUGGGGAAAAGUAUUGAUCAUCCAUUAGUAAAACUGUAUCAAAGAAGAUUUCCAUAUUAUGACAUAAUUGCUGAUGAAGAAAGGGGAACAAUUUUAUUCAAACAGGAUACAAAUACAACUUUUAGCCCGGAAGAAUUAGUGGCACAGUUUUUAACAAAAGCCAAGGAAUUUGCAGAAAGAGGGGCAAAUCAACCCAUUAAAGAAUGUGUACUGACUGUUCCUGGAUUCUUUAAUCAAGCUGAAAGAAAGGCCCUCUUACAAUCUGCUAGUUUGGCCGGUCUUAAAGUCCUUCAACUGAUUAAUGAUUACACUGCUGUAGCUUUAAACUAUGGUAUAUUCAGAACAAAAACAUUUAACGAAACGUCCCAGUAUAUCUUGUUUUACGAUAUGGGAGCGUCAUCUACAACUGCAACCUUAGUCAGUUAUCAAACAAUUAGGACAAAGGAAAGAGGUUUUGUUGAAACUCACCCUCAAGUAUCUAUACUUGGUGUUGGUUAUGACCGUACAUUGGGUGGCCUAGAAAUUCAACUCAGAUUACGAGAUUUUCUGGGAAAGAAGUUUAACGAAUUGAAGAAGACCAAAAAUGAUGUAUUUAAGAAUCCCAGAGCUGUGGCCAAGCUAUUUAAAGAAGCCGGAAGGCUUAAAAAUGUGCUUUCUGCGAAUGCAGAACAUUAUGCUCAGAUUGAAGGCCUUAUCGACGAACAAGAUUUUAAACAAUUGGUUACAAGACAGGAAUUAGAAAACUUAAUACCAGAUUUAUUAGAUAGGGUAGCUAGACCUGUGGAGCAGGCCCUGAAAACAGCUCAUUUGACUAUAGAUGUUGUCAGUCAAGUGGUAUUAGUAGGAGCAGGUACCAGAGUGCCUAAGGUUCAAGAAAUACUCCAAAAAACUGUGAAUAGAGAAUUAGCCAAAAAUUUAAACACUGAUGAAGCCGCAGCAAUGGGCGCGGUUUACAAAGCUGCCGAUCUUAGCACGGGUUUCAAAGUCACUAAAUUUUUAACUAAAGAUGCUGUCCUAUUUCCCAUCCAAAUUACAUUCCAAAGAGAAACAGGAGAUAGUAUAAAAACAGUGAAACGCACUCUAUUUGGCCUGAUGAAUCCGUACCCACAGAAGAAAAUAAUCACAUUCAACAAGCACACCGACGAUUUCAGUUUUGUGGCAAACUAUGCCGAUCUGGAUUAUCUACCAGCGGAGGAAAUUGCUCAUGUGGCCAUACAGAAUAUCAGCGAAUAUCGGCUAAAAGGUGUCGCUGAAGCGCUCAAAAAGAAUUUGGGGGAGAACGCGGAAAGUAAGGGAAUUAAGGCCCAUUUCAGCCUUGACGAGUCUGGUGUUUUGAACAUAGUUAAUGUAGAAUUGGUUGUGGAAAAAAACGUCACUGCUUCCGAUGAUGAAGGAACGUUAUCGAAAAUUGGAAGUACUUUGGGAAAACUGUUUGGAGGCAAAGAUAAACCGGUUGAAGAAGAACAACCUUCUGACGAAAAACCGGUACACGAGGUGCACGAUGAAGACAAACCAGACCCUCCAAAGACAGAAGAGAAGCAAUCCGAAGAAAAAAAACCUACGGAAAAUACCACUGAUGCGAAAAACACUACAGAACAAGCGCCCAAAGAGAAGAAACCAAAAAUCGUUACAAUCAAAGAACGCAUCCCAUCUUCGGAAACCGUUCUUUCCAUCGCCGAAUUGAGCAAAAAGCAGUUUGGUCAGUCUCUAGAGAAAAUCCAACAACUUGACCAAAUUGAGCACGAUAUAAACCGCCGAGCAACCGCCUUGAAUAACCUAGAAAGCUUCGUGAUUGACGUACAAACGAAACUGUAUGAAGAUGAGUAUCUUCAAGCGGCCGACGAGGAAGAAGUUGAAAAAAUUAGACAAGCUUGCAGCGAAGUGUCAGAUUGGCUGUAUGAAGAUGGAUCGGACGCAGAUGCCGAUACUUACGAGAAAAAAUUAGAUGAAAUCAAUAGUCUCACCAAACCUCUGUUUUCCAGAGUGUGGGAGCACAAAGAACGGCCUGAAGCUCUCAAAGCCCUACAGUCUUUGUUAAACCAUUCCACAACUUUCCUCAAAAAGGCUCAGAAUCUAACAGAAACAACUAAUCCAGAAAGAGACGUUUUCAAAGAUAGUGAAGUUGCAGAUCUUGAAAAGGUUAUAAAAGACACAAUAGAUUGGCGGGAUAAAGCAGUGAAAGAUCAGGAAGCUUUGAAGAAAUCUGAAGCUCCAAAAUUAACUAUAAAGCAUAUUAUGGAUAAGAUGGGCGCUUUGGAUAGGGAAGUGAAGUACUUGAUCAAUAAACUUAAAUAUUACAGGCCGAAAAAGGUAGAUAAACCGGAAGGGCCGUCGGGAAGUGGCGAUAAUAGUACGGCUGAAGAAGUGAAAGUUGAGGAGGGAAAUGAAAAUGUUGAAGAAACAGUAGAAACGCCCGAAGACGGCGAACAGGCUACUGAAAAUAUAAAUCCGUCGAAAUCGGACAAUGAAAGUGACAAAGACUCUCAUUCUGAAUUAUAACUCAAUUUCCUAAAUCAAUUUUCAUAAACAAUUUAUUCUCUUGCAUUACUUUUGCGGUGCGAUCAUUGAAAUAUCAUUAUUGAAAAUAUUUUUCUAUUACUAUUAAAUAGUUUUCUCACCCAGUGUAUUUAUUUAGGAAGUUUUUUGUAUGUUGAUCUGUGAUUAAAUGGAUUAAGUUGUAGAUAGGGAAUCUUUUUCAGAGUAAUUGUCUAAUAUUUUACCAAGUGCAGCAUUUAAUUUAUUAUCAAUAAAAUGGAUAACGAUUGUAGGGAAAA